CGGCGAUAUCCAAAUCUCCGGCCAUCCCUUCUUCUUCGAUGCUUGGAGAGCAAGCUCGUAAACCAUGGCGUUGAGUCGUCUCCAACUACUGAGGCCUCCUUCGCAUCGUUCUCUUCCCCUCUCUUCUUCGUUUCCCCGAAUACAUCAUCCUCCUCCUCUCUCCUCCUCGCACCUUCGCUCAUGGCGCCGCUCGAACACGCUCUCCUCGUAUCGUCUCCUCUCCUCCUCCUCCUCCUCCGACGAUCAUCGUCCUCUUCAACUAGAUUCGAGCACUGGGGAAAGCUCGACGUCUGUCGUGGGCGAUCUGUUGGAUUACCUCAACGAAUCAUGGACGCAAUUCCACGCCACUGCUGAAGCGAAGAGGCAAUUACUCGCUGCUGGAUUCAAGUUGCUGAACGAGAACGAUGAUUGGGACCUCCAACCUGGUGGGCGCUACUUCUUUACUCGUAACAUGUCCUCGUUGGUCGCUUUCGCAAUCGGAGAAAGGUAUAGAGUUGGCGGUGGGUUUAAUGUGAUUGCUGCCCAUACAGAUAGCCCAUGUUUAAAACUGAAACCAAGGUCUGCGUCAACCAAAUCUGGGUACUUGAUGGUAAAUGUCCAGACAUAUGGAGGUGGCUUAUGGCACACAUGGUUUGAUAGAGAUCUAAGUUUAGCAGGAAGAGUAAUUCUUAAAGCUGGUGAUGGUUCAUUCAUGCAUAAGCUUGUCAAAGUGAGAAGGCCUUUACUACGCGUACCGACAUUAGCCAUACAUCUUGACCGCUCAGUGAACUCUGAAGGUUUUAAGCCAAACCUAGAGAAUCACCUUAUUCCACUUCUUGCAACAAAGCUUGAGGAUGCUCAAACCAAAUCCGAGGACAAAGUCAGUUUGGCAAAUUCCCCCAAAAUUGCACAUCACGCACUUCUUUUGAAGGUCUUGGCAGAGGAACUCAAAUGUAAUGCUGAUGAAAUAGUGGGUAUGGAGUUGAAUGUCUGUGAUACACAGCCUAGCUGUCUUGGCGGUGGAAAUAAUGAGUUUAUCUUCUCUGGUAGACUUGAUAAUCUUGCUUCGAGUUAUUGCGCGCUCAGAUCUCUUGUUGACUCAUGUAAAUCACCUGGGGAUCUGUCAAAUGAGAAGGCCAUUAGGAUGAUUGCUUUAUUUGAUAAUGAAGAGGUUGGAUCAAACUCGCCACAAGGAGCAGGAGCACCAACAAUGUUCCAGGCUAUGAAGCGUAUUGUUGACAACUUAUCUCAUCAAUCAAUGGGAGAGAGUGCUUUGGAGCGUGCAAUUCACUCCUCCUUUCUUGUGUCUGCAGACAUGGCUCAUGGGUUGCACCCAAACUUUCCUGAUAAAUAUGAAGAACACCACAGGCCAGAGCUACAAAAAGGGCUUGUUAUCAAGCAUAAUGCUAAUCAACGCUACGCCACAAGUGCUGUAACGGCUUUUCUUUUCAAGGAAGUUGCAAGUAUGCAUAACCUUCCAGUUCAGGAAUUUGUUGUAAGAAAUGAUAUGGGUUGCGGUUCUACGAUCGGCCCCAUCCUCGCUUCUGGUGUUGGUAUACGAACUGUAGAUUGUGGCAUUCCACAACUGUCCAUGCACAGUGUUCGUGAGAUAUGUGGGAAACAAGAUGUGGAUACAGCUUACAAACACUUCAAGGCCUUUUUCCAGACAUUCGCUGACAUCGAUAAGAAGCUAAGUGUGGAUUUUUAAGUUACCUUGCAUUGGUUCCAAUUGUUUCUUUAUAUAGCGGAAACAUUUUUACAUCAGUUAAAUUGGAUGAAAUCAUGCAAUAAAGUAAAUUUUCACCGUCAACAUAAAAACAUUUACGACUCGAGAGUAGAAUUCUAGAAUUCCAGAA